UCAACCAAGUUGGAGGCAACCAACCUCUAUAUGACCCAUACAAACUUCUAAACAUAAAGUCUCAAACAUUUGUCAUCACUCAAAAGAGUAGACAAUUCUAGUCAAUUUUGUUGCACCUUGGCCUGCACCUUCCUUUCUCUCUUUCUCUUUUUCUUCUCCCUCUUAACCCUUGUAAGCAAUCACACAACAACAAUAUAUAGCUGUUUUUCCUUUCAUUUUUUAUUUUCUUAUAAUAAAUCAUCAUCAUGAGAAUUGGAAGCAAAUUAUUAUUCAAAGGAGCUGAAAUGGGUUUUUCAUCUAAAGAAGAGAAAUCUAAAAGAAUAUUAAGAGUGGUGAAAACUUUGUUUUUCUUAAUCACUAUGAUUCUUUCACUUCUUCUAUUUUCUGCCCCGGUUCUAUUGGUUAUUGCUGAUGCUCUUCUUCCUUCAGCUCUUCUCUCAACACUUUCACCUGUUUCUCUUUCCUUAACAACACUCUCUUCUCAUUUCCACAACUACGAUUUUCGUUACUCUCUCAUUGAUAUACCCCUCGUUUCAAUAAUAAGAUCCUUCAUCAUUUUCUGUGUUUACAGUUUAUGUGAUGGACCAAGACUUUCACGGUCAAGAGGACCUUAUUUGUGUAUAACAACGAUGUGUUCUGUUUUGUCUUUGUUAUUUGUUUCGUUUAAAGCUGUUUAUGUGUUUGGAAAUGGAAGUGGCUAUGUUGGAGGAUCAGAAAUUGCUUUGUUUGUGUGUUCUUGUGCGUUGGCUGUGGGACAUGUUGUCGUGGCCUAUAGAACAAGUUGUAGAGAGAGAAGAAAGCUUUUGGUUUACAAGAUUGACAUUGAAUCUAUUUCAGCUUGCACAAAUGGGUAUCCGAGGUAUCCUAAGAUUCUACAAGAAGAGAGAAUCAAAUGAUCAGUGACUCACUGUGGGAUUAACAUAUUAGAUUAGAAGAAUAUAUAAAACAAAAAGUAUAGAUUUUGCAUCUAACAGCUUCAUCAGCUAUUCAUAUAUUAAUUAAGUCCUCAUGUUCGUCAAGGAAUGCCACGGUUUCCUAAGGAAUGCUCGUAUUCUUUGACACCUAACACUGAUUAUAGUCUAGUUUACACUUCACCGCUACCAUGAGACACAAAAUUGUUGAUUGGUGUUAUAGCUUUAUAGGUAUAGGUAUAUAUGUAUUUUUUUUUAUGUCUCAAUUUUUAUUUUUAUUUUCCCUUUGAUUGGUGUAUAUCUUAUAUCUUAUUGUGUAUAUAUAAAAAUGAAUGGAUUGUUGGUUAUGGUCAAAGGCCUACUUAAAUAUGAA